AGUCCCUCGUACUGCCUGAGUGGUGCGGUGCUGCCUUUGGCCAGAGUGUGACAGGGGACAGUAGCGUCUUUCCCUACCUGCCUGCAGUGGGGCUGCACAGACUUGAGCUUCUCACAGACUUGAGCUUCUCCAGUUAGGCAGGUCUGUGCCAGGACCAUGGGCGCCGCGCUGGGCACUGGCGCACGGCUAACCUCCCUACCUCGCCUAGCCUGCGGCAGCCUUCGGCGUCAGGCACUCUCCGCGCCCGCCCAGGGAUGCCACUCCAAGUCCGGUCCGCCUCGCCCAGUACCCCUGAAGAAGCGCGGAUACGAUGUAACCAGGAACCCCCAUCUCAACAAGGGCAUGGCCUUUACACUGGAAGAGAGGCUGCAGCUUGGCAUCCACGGCCUGAUCCCUCCCUGCUUCCUCAGCCAGGAUGUCCAGCUCCUCCGCAUCAUGAGAUACUAUGAGAAUCAGCAGAGCGACCUGGACAAGUACAUCAUCCUCAUGACUCUCCAAGACCGCAAUGAGAAGCUCUUCUACCGAGUGCUGACCUCAGACGUGGAGAAGUUCAUGCCCAUUGUGUACACACCCACUGUGGGGCUGGCCUGUCAGCACUAUGGCCUCACCUUCCGCCGACCUCGUGGGCUGUUUAUCACCAUCCAUGACAAGGGCCACAUUGCAACAAUGCUGAACUCUUGGCCAGAGGACAAUAUUAAGGCUGUGGUGGUGACUGAUGGAGAGCGCAUACUGGGCUUGGGAGACCUGGGCUGCUACGGCAUGGGCAUCCCUGUGGGCAAGCUGGCCCUGUACACAGCAUGCGGAGGGGUGAACCCACAGCAGUGCCUUCCUGUCCUGCUAGAUGUCGGCACCAACAAUGAGGAGCUUCUCAGAGACCCUCUGUACAUCGGCCUGAAACACCAACGUGUUCGUGGGAAGGAGUAUGAUGACCUGCUGGAUGAAUUCAUGCAGGCUGUGACAGAUAAGUUCGGAAUAAAUUGCCUCAUCCAGUUUGAAGACUUUGCCAAUGCCAAUGCCUUCCGUCUACUCAACAAAUACCGCAACAAAUACUGCAUGUUCAAUGAUGACAUCCAAGGCACAGCCUCUGUCGCUGUGGCAGGGAUCCUGGCUGCACUGAGAAUCACCAAGAACAGGCUGUCCAAUCAUGUGUUUGUUUUCCAGGGUGCGGGUGAGGCAGCCAUGGGCAUUGCCCACCUCCUUGUCAUGGCCCUGGAAAAGGAAGGCAUACCCAAGACAGAGGCCGUAAGGAAGAUCUGGAUGGUGGACUCCAAGGGUCUGAUUGUCAAGGGUAGAAGCCACCUAAACCAUGAGAAGGAGAUGUUUGCCCAAGAGCAUCCUGAAGUCAACUCCCUGGAGGAGGUAGUAAGGCUGGUGAAGCCCACAGCAAUUAUAGGUGUCGCUGCCAUCGCAGGAGCCUUCACGGAGCAGAUUCUGAGGGACAUGGCCUCCUUCCAUGAGCGCCCUAUCAUCUUUGCCCUGAGCAACCCCACCAGCAAGGCUGAGUGCACAGCUGAGAAGUGCUACCAGGUCACCGAGGGCCGAGGAAUCUUUGCCAGUGGAAGUCCUUUUAAGAGUGUGACUCUGGAAGAUGGCAGGACAUUCAUUCCUGGUCAGGGAAACAAUGCCUAUGUGUUUCCCGGGGUAGCACUGGGCAUCAUUGCUGGUGGGAUCAGACAUGUGCCAGAUGAAAUUUUCCUCCUGACAGCAGAGCAAAUUGCCCAAGAAGUCUCUGAGCAGCACCUGUCCCAGGGGAGACUGUACCCACCACUCAGCACCAUCCGAGAUGUGUCUCUGAGAAUUGCAGUCAAAGUCCUCGACUAUGCGUACAAACACAACCUGGCCUCCUACUAUCCAGAGCCCAAGGACAAGGAGGCUUUUAUAAAAUCUCUGAUCUACACUCCAGACUAUGACUCCUUCUCGCUAGACACCUACACCUGGCCUAAGGAAGCUAUGAGUGUUCAGAAGGUCUGACGCCAUCUCCAGAGAUUGUUUGGGCUCAAUGAAGAAAUACAAUAUAAACAGGUUCCAAAAUGGCCAGUCUUGUCACCAUGGUUACGGUUGUCAUUUGUUUUCCUUUGGGUGUUGGGGUAAGAUGCUAAGGCAUACAGCGGUAACAGCCUUGUUCCUGAAGGACCUGCAGGCUCACCUUCCUAUAACCCUUUUCUGAAUUCCUUUCUGGAUAUUUCUUUUACUAUUAACUGCUAACUAUUAACCAAACCUUGUGGGGAAAUUCUGCCUAGAAUCCUGCCUUUGUAGAGCUCAAAGUCUAGAUCAGACACAAGUCCCAUUUCAUAAGAAAGUGUGAUGUCCACGAAAAAAAAAAAAGUUCAUGUAGAAGUCAGAGUGCUCGGAGAAGAAUGGGCACUUCCUAUAAAGACACAAAAGGAGACCUGGCUUUGUACUUUGCCCAAGAGUGAAGGAUGGGUUAAGUCAUAAGCACUCAAGAAAUGCAUGCAAAACUACAUACGAGAAAAUGAGGUCCACCCAUCAGGGAACUAAUCCCUUUCAGAAGAAUACAUUAAUUUCAAGAUUGAGUAGGACAUGGGGGCUGAGUGGCUAGAGGCUCACUGCCCUUUGGGUUGUUGGGUACUGUGCAUUCUUUUUGGUCAUUACUAAAAGGAAAACUAGAGAAUUGGGGGUAGGAAGGGUCAGCAUGCCAAAAACUGAGGAAAACGAGGAGCAAUGAGAGCAAACACCGUGGGGAAGGUGUUUAAGUCUAAGAAAGACUUGAUGUAAUGUUUCAGGUUCCAGAACACUCUCCUCUCCAUCCUUCACACAGACACAAUUGAGCAGUUUGCUUCUAGAGGUGACAUCAGUCUGCCUUUGGUGUUUUUAAGGCCUGUUUAGUGAAAACGUCUACCUCCUCCAUGUUCAGGAGUGCACACACUCCAAGACAAACAGUAAAGAAUGGCUUGGAGCCCCUGCUGUGAGCUGUGUCCUUUUACUGCAUAAGUCAUUCUUAAGACCUACCCUGCUGUCUCCUUGGCCAGGAUUCCUGCUGCACAUAAUGAGUAGGUUCUAUAUGACUGUCUCUCAGGUCAAGCCAGGUAAAUUACUAAAAUCCAUGGAGAAUAUUUUGCACAUUCAUGAAUCAACUGCCCCUUGUUUGGGUCUUAUUCUUCCAAUACCAGCUUCUUGGGUGCUAGUCCUCAACCAAGGAUAUCCCCAAAGCAUAGACCUAAAUGCAGAAAGAAAAACAAUGCAUUUCUAGAAGAGAAUAAAGCAGUGAGUCCUUGUGAAGACUCCCCAGUAAACCUCUGAUUACAAUCUCACAUGCAAUGCCUGUGUCCCUGGGGAUACAAUUCACAAAAGAUGGAAAAAACUGGCUAAGGUUUCCAAUUUUCUGAUCUAUUGCAUCAGCCCCACAUGGCUGCCAAGAAUCUUGUUGGAUUUCUCAUCUCCUCAGGAGAAACAAUCUGUCUGGACCCAACCUAAUCCUUUUUAUUCCAUGUCCAGACUCAGUAAAUGCACCCAGAGAAGAAAAUGGCUGCUUAUGCCAGAAAGGAUCCCUCCAUGGAAUCCGAUACUGCUAGUUAAUAUCUUUUGUCCCAGUGUUAUUAGGUGUGUGAGGUUUAGCACUGUUAUAAUUUAUGGUGAACUCAAAACUGUAAACCUUGGUGAUUUACUAAAUAAUGUAUUUGUUUUGUCGUGCCAUAUCUUAGAUAUCAUAUCUUGGAAGUCUCUCUUGCAAUUCAUUAUUUAUUCAGAUGCUUACUUAAGCUUACAGAGUACCUAAUGUUUGUAAACAUUCUCCAGUUAUUUCUCCCACAGAACUCAAACGAUUUUUUCCCAAAGUGAAAAUAUGGCUGUCUUAACAUUAAAACAUAGAAUCAUUUCAUCAGCUUCACGGUAAAAAUGAUUAUCAAGAAACCUAAUUUAAAUCACAUCACUUGAAAAACAUAAAACAUUACAUGUCCAAAUUCUUAGUAGAAACUCUUGUUCAGGUUGAGAACACAUGGGAAAAUAUCAGACUUUAAAGCUAAGUAAUAGUAAUUUCUAAUGUUUGACCAAAAAAAAAAUAGGAGUUUCAGAAACUGGAUAAUUAAACACCGUUUUAGAUACAAAGACAACAUAACUCUACUUUUAUUUAAAAAAAAAUCCAGGGGCAGGGGAGAAGGCUCAGUAAGUCAUGAGCGUGCCAUGCAAGAACUGAGUUCAACCCCUAGAGCAUAUGUAAAAACGCUGAGAGCAGCAGGAUGCACUUGUAACCCCAGCACUGAGGUAGACGUCAAGGAGACAGGGGGAUCCUGGGGCUCAAUGACCAACCAGCCUUGCUCAAUUGGCAAGCUCCAGGUAAAAGUUGAGAGACCUUAUUUCAAAACAGCAAAGAAGAGAGCAACUGAGGAAGCCACUUGCCAUUUGACGUUAAACCUCUGCUGUGUGCAUGUGUACACCCACAUACAUUCAAAUACACAUAUGAGAUGCCUACUAAAUGAAACACUAUCCCAGCACAGUAUUUUAUUUCACAGUCUUCCCCUAGUCUAUCCUCAGCCCUCCUCCUCUAAUUCAUACGCCAAACAUGAACAUUUAUUAUGGCAAGGCAUUCUUCAUCAGAAGACAUUAAGCACACGCUGCUUCUGUGCAGAAUGGAUCUCGCAUGAGCUUCUAUCAAAGCUGCCUUUUCUAACUAGAAGUUUCAAAAUUGCAUAGGGUGAGAUUUAUGGAAAUGCACUUGAUCACUGUGAAACUUAAAGUCCCACAGAAGCAACCGUUGCACAAACUUGACGUGCGACCAGUGCACAUUCAAGAAGGCGAGCACCGAAGAGCAGGUAGGUAGCUAUGUGUCUGCAGUGUUUGAAGUGACUUAAGGAAUAAGCCACAGAAGGUUUGGGGCGCUGUUUAUAUUUUGGGGGGAAUUUUGUGUAACUAAAACCAGACAAGUACUGUGUCACGUCUUGGCAGCCAAUCUCACUAAACUUCUUGCGUAUCUCACAUGUGACAGUAACAAUCCUAACAGGUUGCACUUUUAUCAAGCACUUAGCUUUAAUAUUCCUGUGGAAACAUUAUUAGAUUCACUCACUAAGCCUAUAUUGUUGACUAAAAUGUGCAGUAAAUUUGGUCUAAUCUCAGGCUCCACACCCAAGGAAACAGCAUAAAGCAGCCAUCUUGUAUUAAAUGCUUUUUUCCAUUGGAGACCCUGAAAAGCAGCCGCACUUCAGAACACUGUUUCUCUAAGAAGUUGUUUGCUAUAGAAAGCUCUGCCGCACGUCGCUGUCCUGUAAACCGUAGCUCCUCCUCAUUUUUCACUGCACUUACCGUUAAUGCUAAAGCAACAAGCACUGGGGCUCUCCCAGGACCUGCAGCACAACGCAGAGCAAUACAGCAACCGGGCUCCUCCCGAAGUUUCAUGUUUUCAAGACUUAACCAGUCGUCAUGGACGGUGUUGGGCCAUCAUCAAAAAGCCAGCCUAGAACCUGGAUACCUUGUUUCUCAACCAGAGCCCUAUCUUAAGUUGUGUCACACACCCAUGUGUGUACUGCCCUGGUAAUUCUGUAGUUCUUAAAUCCCUCUAAAUCUGUUCUGGGUUGCACCGGUUGGGUUAUGAGUGGUAAGAAAUCUCAUAUUCCUAUUAAGAGAACUCCA